GUGCUUCCUUAGGAUAGUGGCGGCGAGCGGACAACUACGUUCCCGGUGUCUCCCGGCGGCCCAGAGUAGUGGCUCACAGAAGAGAUGAAAUGUGGUCUGAGGGACGAUAUGACUAUGAAAGACUUCCAAGAGAACGAGUACCUCCUCGGAGUCACCCCAAUGAUGGCUACCAUAGAGUAGUUAAUAUUGUGCCAAAGAAACCACCACUGCUAGACAGACCUGGUGAAGGAAGCUACAGUAGAUAUUACAGUCAUGUUGAUUACCGAGAAUAUGACGAGGGCCGCAGUUUUUCUCAUGAUCGAAGAAGUGGUCCACCUCACAGAGGAGAUGAAUCUGGUUAUAGAUGGACAAGAGAUGACCAUUCUGCAAACCGACAGCCUGACUACAGGGACAUGAGAGAUGGCUUUAGAAGAAAAAGUUUCUACUCUUCCCAUUAUGCGAGAGACCGGUCUCCCCAUAAAAGGGAUGCUCCUUAUUUUAGAGAAUCGCCUGUAGGUCGAAAGGACUCUCCACACAGCAGAUCUGGCUCCAGUGUCAGUAGUAGAAGUUACUCUCCAGAACGAAGCAAAACAUAUUCUUUCCAUCAGUCUCAACAUAGAAAGCCUGUGCGUGUUGGUGCCUCCUACAAACGGCAGAAUGAAGGAAAGCCAGAAAGAGGUAAAGAAAGACCAGUCCAGUCUUUGAAAACAUCAAGAGAUACUUCACCCUCAAGUUCAUCAGCAGUUCCUUCAUCAAAGGUGUUAGACAAACCCAGUAGGCUAACUGAAAAGGAACUAGCUGAGGCUGCAAGCAAAUGGGCUGCUGAGAAGCUUGAGAAAUCAGAUGAAAGUAACUUGCCUGAAAUUUCUGAGUUUGAGGCUGGAUCCACCGCACCAUUAUUCAUUGACCAGCCAGAAGAACCUGAGUCAAAUACAACAGAUGGCACAGAAUUAUUUGAAGACAGUCAACUAACCAGUCGAUCUAAAGCAAUAGCAUCAAAAACCAAAGAGAUUGAACAGGUUUACCGACAGGACUGUGAAACAUUUGGGAUGGUGGUAAAAAUGCUGAUUGAGAAAGACCCUUCAUUAGAAAAGUCUAUACAGUUUGCACUGCGGCAGAAUUUGCAUGAAAUAGGUGAGCGGUGUGUUGAAGAACUCAAGCAUUUCAUUGCAGAUUAUGAUACUUCUACUCAAGAUUUUGGAGAGCCUUUUUAGAAGAUUUAGUGCUCAGGCAAAAAAAAGAAAAAAUGUUUCUAGAUUUUUUUUUUCCCAAUUGUUCAAAUCCUUAAUAUAUGGAAUUUUUGUAAUGAAGAGAAAUACUUUAUGAUAGUUGACCACAUUUCCAGUAUCAAAUAAACAUCUAAAAUAGUCUGCUUAAAAUAUUUUAAUUAGAAUCUUUUUUAAACAUGUAGAGGCCUCCUAAUCCAUACUCAUCCCUCCACCCAAAUGAUGGUCAAUUAAUUUUUUAAGCUUUGAAAAAGCAGUCCUGGGGAGUAGCUUUCUGUACUUAUGGUCUUCCACAGUUUAUGAUCAUUUGGUCACAGGAGUGAAAUUUACAUGUUAGAGAUCAUUUCACUUAAACAGUAGUCUUUUUGCAUUUCAUAGUGAAGAUACCAUGUGGAAAUAUUUGAAUUCUGAGUUGUGAUUUUAUCGACUUGUGCUUGUUUUUCUUAGGCUUUGUAACUUUUAAUACGUUAAUGUGUCCUAUCCUGAGUACAUUAGUAUCUUAGAUAAUAUUUGGUUUGAGAAUAAUUCUCUAUGAUAUAGUAGAGCACUUAAAAUAUCCAAGAGACACCUUAGCAUAAAAUCCUUUUUUCCCCCCAAGUAAAUGAACUCAAUGUAUCUCUUCCAAAAGAAACUCUUGACUAUUCUCUCUGCCAUGUAGUCUUCAAUAAAAUCAUAUACUAGACUAAUGGGGCAAUUUUUGAUGAAUGAUAAAGAGAUAUUUUAAAGUUGAGAUUGUUUCAAAAACCUUCUGAUCAAUAGAGGAAAAAUUUAAAAUAUAGAGGAGUACUGGAGAUUUUUUUUUCUUAAAAAAGGAGAUUGAUAACAUGCUCAUGAUUAAGCCAUUUACAGAAUUAUUCUUUUGUUAAUCUGUGUAAUCUGAGGAGUUCUUUUUCUGCCGACUUUUAGAGAUUCCUAGCCCUUCAAAGAAACAGAGCAAAACAGGCAGUCAGUCCCCACAGCCACCUUCUACCAACCAGACUGUGUCAACAGUCCUUCAUCAGUGAGCGAUCCAAAUCACGAGUUAGCUAAAGACCUAACUGGGACCAUUAGAAUAUUCCACUUAUUUCCUGGUCACUUCUAGCAGCGUGGUGCCAUUGAGCCAAAAUAUAUAAUUUUGUGACAUUAGUGAGGAAACCUUAAAAAUCAUGUUUGUUAUUACUAACCAUUUCAUUAUCCUCCCAUCCUCUUUCCAUUUCCACUCUAUUCUCACUUCAGUUCUGGCAUUAUUUUUAGUGCAUAUGCUAUCUAAAGAGCUCCCCCAGAGUAUAUCAAGACUAUAUUAAAAGAGGAAAUAGCAGUAUAAAUAAUUUUAAUGGAUUCUAUCAUGAGUGUCUCCAAAUAUGUAUUAUGCCAUUCCACAAAUUUAAAAACUAAUUGAGGGCAACAUUUAUUUUUUUUAAGUUUCCUAAGGGAGACUAUCUUGAAUUUUUAUUUUUACCAUUGAGAUGUUAUACUUAGCUAACUUUUAUAAAACAUAAGCCAAAUGAAAUUCCACUUAUUAUCUCUGAUAUUCUUCCUUAGUGUGAAUAGUGAUUUAUUACUUACCAUAGAAAGAUGAAGAAAGUACUGAUGUCAUAUCCUCCUGUCCCCAGUGUUUUCCUUUUCCUUAAAUAUUCUAGUCCAAGGAUUCUGUUUCUUUAAGAUGUCACAAGUUUGAAAAUAAAACCUGAGAAACUGCCAGAGGCAAAGGAGUUGUUGAAAUUCAUUAAAAGGAAAAGUCUUACUAACAGAUGCAUUUCAAUGUAGGUUCAACAGGUAAUUUCUUCCUUUUCCCUUCCCUCAAAGUACAUUUGAUAUUUAAAGCUCUUUAUAGCUUGCUAUCAGCAUUAUUCUGCUAGGCUUGUCAGUGUUAAAUUUGUUGGGGAUUUUUCUUUUCUUUUUUUAAAUGCCUUUUAAAGUCCAAUUAUGGGAUAAACUCAGAUGUGUACCAGAGUAUGUAUUUUGUAAAAUGUUCUUGAUUAAAGAGAUGUGUUUGUAAAUUAUCCAUUGUUUUUGAGUAUACAUAACUGAUGUGAUAAAAUUUUCAUUGUCUUACCAUAAAGCCUUGAUGAUCAACAUGGGGAAAGCAGAUAUUGUAAAGCUUUUUGUGAAUUUUAAAAGUAAAAAAUAAAGAAACCAAGUUUAAAUAAUUA